UUUACUCCACAUCCAUGCUGAAACGUCGUUAAAAUUUCUGCUCUGCGUGUGAAAAGUAAACCUGAGCGUUUCUGGUGGAUGUUAAACAACAAGCCGAGAUGCGACGCCUGGGCUCCGUUCAGCAGAAGAUACCGUGCGUUUUUCUCACGGAGGUGAAAGAAGAACAGUCCCGAAAACGAGAGUGUCAGCAAUUUCAGGUUGUUGCCACUGAAAAUGUGAACCCCGUCGCUCUGGAGGCUAACGUCGAUUGUGCGCUUGCCACAGAAAAACUGGAUGGUACCUGCUGUUAUGUUACAAUUUAUAAAGGGCAGCCUUACCUCUGGGCUCGACUCGACAGGAAACCCAACAAACAAGCAGAGAAGAGGUUCAAAAAGUACCAGCACUCUCACAGGAGCUGUAAAGGUUUCACGUGGAACGUAGAGGAAGAUUUUAAGACCGUACCCGAGGCGUGGAUCCCAGCUCACAGGGUCAGACAUCUCCACGGCCGCCCGGUGCCUGAUGAACACGGACACAUUCCAGGCUGGGUUCCAGUGGAGAAGGACAACAAGCAGUACUGCUGGCACUCCUCUGUGGUGGAUUAUGAAGUCGGGGCAGCUCUCGUUCUCAGGCCCAGCGCAGACGAUGAAGACGCGCUAGAAGUUGCAGCGGUUCCUCUGGCUGACCUCAUGGAACAAACGCUGGAGCUCAUCGGAACCAAUGUCAACGGGAACCCUUAUGGAAUGGGGAGUAAGAAGCAGCCUGUCCACUGCCUGGUGUCACACGGGAGUGUUAAAAUCAGAAACCCUCCACCAGUGGACUUCCAGCAGCUGUGCUCCUGGUUCCAGGAGAGUCCGGAGGGCCGAGUUGAGGGCAUUGUCUGGCACUGCAACGACGGCACACUCAUUAAGGUUCAUCGUCAUCACCUGGGACUGAGGUGGCCUGAUGGGAACUCGUGCUUUGCCGACAGGUCGGUGGUCAUUCAUGUGGACGGGACAGUUGAUGAGUACAACAACAGCAAGGACUUGUUCGCAUCUUUCUCCACACUAAAUGGACACUGCUUCAGUCGGCUUCAGGACAUCCAGUUUGACCCAUAAAACCAGGUCUGAGACGACCAAACAUUCCUAAACUUUCCUAAAGCUUCUGCUGUGACACUGUUCAGGAUUUGUCACUUUGCCAAUAGCUGCCAGAUGUUUUUAUCUGUAGCUCCAGAUCAGUGAUUUAAAACUCACCGUUUGAUGCACCUAAUUUUUCUGUGGAAACCACUGAAGUGCACUGAUGCAGAACUACAGGUUUUCUAAAUCAAAAUGAGCUGAAAGUCUUAAUCAGAGUGAUUUAUGAUGAGGCAGGGCUCACUGUCACACAGAGGGUCAAACCUGUGUCCUUCUGUUUGUGGGAAGAUCAGAACUUCAGCACCAAACAGGAACCGUGGACUGUUUUAAAGCCUGAAGACAGUUUGCCGUUUGCUUUGCAGAAACGUGUACAUCUUUAAGGCGUAUUCACAUUACAGCGGGAAAACAAGCAUCUUGUUCUGAGCGUUGUGUGAUGGUCGGUGCAGUAUUUACCAUUCGUAAACUCCUGGUGGUGCUGUGCCGAAACACUGCCACCUUAGCUACAGUACAAAUGUUGGCAGCAGUAGAUGGAUUGGUUUGAGUCGUUAACUAACUUGGGAAAUGCAUCUGCAUGCUGAUGUUUCUCAGCUCGAGAAUAUUUUUUUUUUGCCUGGUCGCAGUUUGAGGCCAGCUGGUUAUCAUACAGUUCUGGAAAUUCUGAAGCAAGUAAAUCGUUUUUCGUAUGUUACAGAGGUCAGAGCGGCUCCAAUCUAAGUUCUACAAAUUCUAACCUUUUCCUCUGCCACGCUCAGUGCGGGGCAGACGUCCACGCAGAGCCGUCGCAGCACACUACGUACACAAUCAUGGCGGCGCCGUGCACAACAGCUGUUUUUGCUGCAGCAAUGUGAAUACGCCUUCACUGUAAAAAAAAUGACCAACUGGACAUUUUUAGCAACUGUAGCUGCUAAAAAGGUUCCUUUAAUAAACUGUAAAUACUGUAAUGUUAUAGCUAACUGGGGAACAAAUAACGAGUAUGUAAACAGUUUUAUUUAACAAUCUGAUUAAUAUCAGAGCUGCUUUAUUGACAAUUACAUAGAAGCGUAAUAUGUCAGACCUGUACAAAUAUAAAGAAAUCUUAUAAAUAUGCUACAUCAACAAUUCAACAACUUAGUAUUGACAAAAAAAGCUGCCUUAUGAAAGAGGCUAAAGGAGACUGUGCAUUACCUAAAAGUCAUGACUGGACAGUGCUAUUAUAUCAGGACUCAAUCUCUUAAGGACUAAUGUUGGACUUUGUGUGAUUUUGGAAGUUUUGCUGAUAGAACACCUGAGCAUCAGUACUAAUACCAAGCUGAUUUCAAUAACUUUAACCAAAAAGGUGAUGAAGUUCUUUAGUGUAAAAUUUUGUCUAAAUAAAAACAGCCAGACUCCGAUUUAAAUGAGUAGAAAAGUAAA